AUGCUCGACUUGGUUGCGAAAGUAACGAAAGCUUUCCGCGUCUAUUACAGUCAGGGACCGAAGACCGCACAAAACGAUUACAUUGUUGAUCACACGGUUAUCAUGUAUCUCAUGGAUCCUGACGGCGAUUUCCACGACUACUAUGGGCAAAAUCGAUCGGCACAAGAGAUAGCAAAGGCUAUCAAGGUGAAGGUUAUCAAACGGGAAAUGCUGGAAGCUAAAAGGAAAUCAUGGUUUUUCAGUAAGUGA